GAAUUUGCUCUCUGCCUUUUUGUUUAUUUUAUUUGAUUUUUUAUUUUUCAAUUGUCGCAUACGCAUGUGUCAGUGGUGUCAGUGGUAGUAGCAGUUGGUGAGUGUUGUUUGGGUCAUAAAAAUUAACGCUUGGAUGUGUUUAAAAACUUUAACCAAAAAGUGUUUAUUUAAAAGAAAAUUGUAGAAACAAAAAAAAAAAAAAAGCGAAAAGGUUCAACAAGUGUUGCUGUUCGUCUUGUGUGUGUGUUCGUUGUUCGUCUUGUGUGGAAACGUAUAAAAACAAACAUUACGCACACUACUGAAUAAAUAUUUUUGGAAAAUCUCGAAAAUUUUUUAAUGUAUUGUAUGUUAUGGAUUGAAGAAGCAAGCGGACAUGUUUAUAUCCCUUGUUAUGCUUUACCUACUUUGGAAGUGCGUUUUUUGUUUGUUGUAACGAGUAUCAUGGAUUUAAUCAUCUUUAGAAGGUCGAUUAGAUUCAUUAUUUAUAUCAAGGCGGAUGCAUACAAUGUAAAGAUUUUUACAUGCGCCCAGUUUUGAAAAUAUAUUAAAAAUCAGAAUCUUAACUGAAAAGAGAGUUUCAUCUAAGUCGGUGUAAGGCAAUAAUGUUUUCAGUCUAAUAUAAAUGUGAUAUUGCUUUCGAUAUAAUGCUGUUGCUUAAUAAGUGAAUUUGUUAUAAAAAGAAAAACAAAAAAAAAAAAAAAAAUAAAUAAAUAAAUAAAAUAUUAAUUGUGAACAUAUGCUUAGGGAUAAUGGAUCAUUUUCAAACAGCCUUGAAUCCGAGAAAACAAGAGUUAUUGGAGGCACGUUUCAUUGGAGCACGGAUGUCCGCCGGCGCUCAAUUGCAGAUGGCCCCUCAGACUACUACUGCAUUAAGCCAUCAUCAUCCAGCUCAACAGCAGCAUCACUUUGCUACACAUCACAAUCCACAGCAGCAAUCACCCCAAUCACAGCAACCACAUUUGCCACAACAAUUGCAACCGGCGCCACAACAUUUGCAACAACUACAAUUGCAGCAACAACAGCAACAUAACUUAACGCAAUAUCAUCAGCAGCAGCAACAAGCGCAUCCAGCGGCGCCGCUUCCCAGCGGUGGCCAUAGCAGCAAUCCUGACUCGAAUAUGAGCACUGGCUCCUCACAUAGUGAAAAAGAUGUUGGCGACAUGUUAAGUACACAACAGCAAACUACCGGUAUACCCAAUCAAAUUGGACUUCUUACCAAUAGCGGGGGCGGUAUGAUGAAUAGUGGCGGUAUGGGGGUUCAGGAUGGUACAGCAGGUAUAAUGGUUGGAGGUGUUGGCAGCAAUCAACAGACACCGCAUCAGACUCAGCAACACAAUAGUGGUCGCAUAGAUAAGAUAUCGCGAACACCUACAGAACGCAAACGUAAACGGAAAAUGGCAGCGAUACAUACCGAUGACAGCGGAGGUGGCGGUCCUGUUGGUGGCAAUGGAGGAACUCAACAUGAACGGCUCGCUUUGGCAAGCGGCGGAAAGAAUGCUAGGCUAUUGCCACCCGGUGGUGUGAUUGGCGGCAAUGACAAAAAAAUUAAUGACUACUUUAAUAAACAUAAUGUAGUACAGACUGCGACGACAAAUAACGCUAUGCGGCCGCACACCGGCGGUGGCUCAAAGAGUCCUUCUGGUCAGCAACAGCCGUCGCAGCAGGUGCCAACAUCAGUGGGUGGCAGCACUGGAGUGGCUGCUGCGUAUCCCAUGUAUCCGCCUAGUCCUCAACAGCCACAACUGAAUGCCUCUGGUGUUCCUACACCUACAUCUCAACCCCCGCCUCCGGAUUUCCAUUACAAUAAUGUAACCGCCGUAAACACGGUUGCGGCUAAACAGCAGCGCCAACAGCAACAGACUUCCAAUUCAAUGGUUCCUCCACCUUCGCCUAUUGUGGGAGUGGGUGGCGUGGGUGUUCUUUCGUCCACACAUCUGGCGGUCGGCCAGAGUGGUGGUUUAAUGGGCGGCCCUGGUGGCGGUGGAGGAGGUCCACCACCACCCCCUUUACCCCAGCCACAGCAAACGCAACUUCAACAUCCCGCCACUUCCGUUGUCCCCACAUCGGUGCAACAGAGCCUGUCUAGUGGAGUCACCUCGCAACAACAGCAACAAUUGGCUGUGUCACAAAUGGCUGUGGCGCAGCUCAACUCACUACACACCGGUAUGCUGGCUGGGCCUAAUGCAGUUGUCCCGCCGCUGCCACCACCUCAGCCACCAGCCACUUACGUGACCAAGGCCACACAGACCGACCUUUCGUAUCUCGAGAUACAAGAGCGCGAUUCAGAAAUCGAGUCGAGCAAGUCAAAACUAGACGAAAUGACGAGACUGUCUGAUGAGCAAAAGUGCCAGUUAAUCGCUCAUCAAAAGCUUAUUGACCAACAUAAAUCACAUAUAGCCAAGUGCAUUGAAGUGGUCAAGAAAUUGCUAAAAGAAAAGAGCAGUAUCGAAAAGAAAGAAGCUCGUCAGAAAUGUAUGCAAAAUCGUCUGCGCCUGGGUCAGUUUGUAACGCAGAGAGUCGGUGCCACAUUCCAGGAAAACUGGACUGAUGGUUACGCCUUUCAAGAGCUGAGUAGGCGGCAAGAGGAAAUUUCUGCCGAACGUGAGGAAAUCGACAAACAGAAGAAACAAUUAAUGAAAAAACGGCCAGCUGAAUCAGGCCGAAAGCGCAACAAUAACAGCAACAACAACCAGCAAAAUUCCAAUUCAAAUGAUUCAACAAAUUUAGCUGGUUGCGAUCGUCUGACAGGCGGAGAUAGUGGUAUUGGUAGCUCCGGGGGAGGUGGCAGCGGGCGUGGUUUAUCGCGGUCGAAUUCGACACAAGCGCAAAACCAACUGCUGCAUAACGGCGGCGGUAGCGGCGUAAGCACAGUGGGAGGUAGUGAUCGCCUUUCAGAUCGAGGAGGUGGUAAUGCAGGCCGCGGUGAUAAUUCUGGCAGUGGUUCUGAUACAGCAACGUUCCUUAAACCCGAUCCCGUGUCCGGGGUAUACACGGCCCAAGAGUACUACGAGUACGACGAGAUUCUCAAACUACGUCAAAAUGCUCUUAAAAAAGAGGAUGCUGACCUGCAAUUGGAAAUGGAAAAGUUAGAACGUGAGCGUAAUUUGCAUAUACGCGAACUGAAACGCAUACUCAAUGAGGAUCAGUCCCGCUUCAACAAUCAUCCAGUAUUGAAUGAUCGAUAUCUGCUAUUAAUGCUAUUAGGUAAAGGCGGUUUUUCCGAAGUGCACAAAGCAUUCGACUUGAAAGAGCAGCGCUACGUAGCCUGUAAAGUUCAUCAAUUGAACAAGGACUGGAAAGAGGAUAAAAAAGCAAAUUACAUUAAGCAUGCGUUGCGAGAAUACAAUAUACAUAAGGCUUUGGAUCAUCCACGUGUGGUGAAACUGUAUGAUGUCUUUGAAAUUGAUGCCAACUCCUUUUGUACUGUUCUCGAGUAUUGUGAUGGUCAUGAUUUGGACUUUUACCUUAAACAGCAUAAAACUAUCCCCGAACGUGAGGCGCGUUCGAUUAUAAUGCAGGUUGUUUCUGCUUUAAAAUAUUUGAAUGAGAUUAAACCACCAGUUAUUCAUUACGAUUUAAAACCGGGUAAUAUUCUACUCACCGAAGGCAAUGUUUGUGGUGAAAUCAAAAUUACUGAUUUCGGUCUGUCCAAAGUAAUGGAUGAUGAGAAUUAUAAUCCAGAUCAUGGUAUGGAUUUGACCUCGCAAGGUGCGGGUACCUAUUGGUACUUACCACCGGAAUGUUUUGUCGUGGGCAAAAAUCCACCGAAAAUCUCCUCAAAAGUGGAUGUUUGGAGUGUUGGUGUGAUUUUCUAUCAGUGUUUAUAUGGUAAAAAGCCAUUCGGCCACAAUCAAUCACAAGCAACGAUACUCGAGGAGAAUACCAUACUUAAAGCGACUGAAGUACAAUUCUCCAAUAAACCCACUGUAUCCAAUGAAGCCAAGAGUUUUAUACGCGGUUGUUUGGCAUAUCGCAAAGAGGAUCGCAUGGAUGUAUUUGCACUAGCACGACAUGAAUACAUACAGCCACCUAUACCUAAACAUGGUCGUGGUCAAUCACUUAAUCAACAGCAGCAGCAACAACAGCAACAACAACAGCAGCAACAACAACAACAACAACAGCAAUCAUCUGGCAAUCAGGGCAACUCCGCUGGGCAAACUUCAUUCUCAGCGGGCAUGUUUGGCAAUUUGAACCAAUCGAGCUCAUCCUAGCUGCAAACUAAACGUAAUUCCAAUUCCUAAUUGCUAAUGUUAAUACAAAAUAAAUCACCUCCUGCUUGCCCUACUGUUCCCAUACCUCCGUCACCAACAAUAACAACAUUGAAUUAUAAUCACAACAACAAUAAUAAUAAUAAUAAUAAUAAUAAUAAUAACAGACAUCAAUCUGGUUAUACUACGAAGAGAACAGCAAGCAAUAACAAAAGUAAAACAAUGAAAAGGGAUGCGACCGGUUUACAACAUAACGGUAUAGUGCCGCAACAACGGAAAAUGCUCACUUCCACGAAAGGUAAUCAAAAAACUAUAAAUGGUGUCUUAUAAGUUAAACAGAGAUCUGAGAACAGAAGAAAAACGAAAACGAAAACAAAAAAACAAAAACUGAGAGAAGGGAAGAGAAAUAAAAGAAAAAUGUUAAUCCUUUUUCAACUCCCUCCAAGUCUAACAUAAUAAAAUUUUAACGCACACUGCCGUUGAUAGAAAUUUUAAUUUAUUGGUAUAUCAAGGUUGAUGAUGCUGACAAACAGUUUUUAUUACAUAACAGAAAAAUUUUUAUAUAAAAAGUGCUUUUUUUUACCAAAAAAAUUCUGUUUCUUUAAGCAAAUUUUUGUGAAAAAAUUAUUUUUGUUGCGUUUAAAAAAUUAAAUAUACCGUGAUCUUUGGAAUUGGUGAUAGUAUAUGAACCAAAUUUUGGCGUAAAUAAACUUCUUCGAAUCCAUGUUAAUUCAUCGACAUCCAGUAACUAAAAAUGAAAAGGUUAUAUUCAUUUGCUCGAUCCGAAAUCGAUCCAUCCACACCUAUUUGAGGUGGUGGUGAAUGGGUAAUGAAAAUUAUCUUAAAAGCGUUUCUUAGAAAAUAGUCUAUUGAGAUAUUCAAGACAGACGAAUGAAUGUAUAAAAAAUCUUUUCUGCAUUCAGUGACUAUGUAAUAAAAAAAUUGUGAUUUACGGGCGUCGUGAAUGCUUAGAGACAAAUAUGAAAUGCUUGGAUAUCUGCGAAAGAUUAGAAGAUUGUCUGCUUUUUUGAUGGUUGAACGAAUUCGAAGAAAUUGACAUAUACAAAAAAAU